CAAGCACCCCGAGACCCCGCCCAAGAUGGCCAAGAAAGCGAAGUCCCGUACCGUUGCCGUCCGGCUGAUCUCCAUGGCCAUGACGGGUUACUACCGCACGAUGAUCCGGCCCCGUGUACACCGUCCUCUCAGCAUGAUGAAGUACGACCCUGUCGUUAAGAAGCAGGUGCUUUUCCUUGAGGCGACCAAGGGUGGAAAGAACAAAUAAGCUAUUCGAUUCUGGAUCUGAGUCUGCUCGGUUUUGUUUCAAUUCGAUUGUUGUGCGCCUUGAGAGAUAUCCGCCUUUCAACCGCGAUGACGACUUUGACUUCGAUCUCUUUUUUUCCUCCUCCUAUUCGAACUUCGCCUAUUGCGUUUCUUGCAAUCGCUAUCCCGAUACGCCGUUGAACGAUAUCUCAGACUUUGUGCGGAUCUAGGGGAAUGCGAUAGGGAUGUCAGGGGAACGACCCCUGUGUGUACAUUAUUUUACUGGAGACAAGCGGGAAAUUGUGAUUUCCCCGGUUUCUCGGAUCUUCUGCGGUAAACCUCCUUUUGUUGGAGCAUUGUGUUUGGCGUUAAGAGCAAUACAGCUUUGGGUAUCUCAAUAAAACUAAAAUAAAUAUCCCACAACA